UUGGUAAAGCAAACUACCUGAUUCUUCCAUUUUACCGGGCUCAUUCCUUAAUUAAAAGAAGAGAAGAACAAAUUUUGCCAUUAUUUUAUUGCAGUCAAGAAGGUCUGGUCAUCUUCAGCCCUAGCUCUUGGAGCUUCAAUUCACAGGAACCAAAGGGACCCAACACCCAAGUCUCUGUCCUUUUUUUUUUUUUUUUUUGAAAUCAACUGCAGAUUCCCUCUCUCUACUGUUUCUUGAAUUUUUCAAAAAGUUUUCCAAUUUUUUUUGUUAACUUAGAUCCCUCAUUCCUUCACUUAGACUAACAACAUUCACCAUAUCUUUAUUUGUUUAAUUUUUCUUCUUGUUCUCAUUGGAAUUGAAAGUAGUAACUUCUGAAGUUUCUGCAAAAUUAAAGUUUAGGGGCUAAUUUAUUUCUCACUUAGAGGAGGAAAAAUAAUUGAGGAAGUUGAAUGUGGAUGCAAGAAGAUGACCUAGUGGGAUUGGUGGAGAAAGAGUUAAAUCUUGGAGACUUGAUUUUUUUUUUUUCCUUCUGGUAUCCAGCUGUGGGGACACAAAAAGGGUUGUGAAAAGUGAAGUUUGAAUUCUUUGCAUCAGUCCUGGGAUGAGUUCUACAAAUAUGGUUGGCUUGUGUAGUAACGAUCUUGGAGGUGGGGAGAGAGAGACUGUUAAGUUGGAACCAGAGUUGGUUGAAAGUUCAAUUCCACAAAUGCAAUACUGUGAAGCUGAUUCCUUGCCAUAUCAAAAAUCCUCAAGCAGCUGCGGGAGGCAAGAUUCUACAGCUACUGAACAGAGUGAAACCACUGUCUUGGAUCAAGAUCAGUCUCUGAUAGAUGAUUCAAACCUUUGUUCUACAUCACAAAUAUGUUCAGCACCCCUAUCUCGCCAGUUCUGGAAAGCUGGAAAUUAUGAUGAGGCGCAUGCUACUAAGUCCACCCUUAAAAAAGGCUCCAGUUUCCUGCACAUUCACCCGAAGUUCCUUCACUCAAACGCUACUUCCCAUAAAUGGGCAUUUGGUGCCUUGGCAGAGCUUCUUGACAAUGCUGUUGAUGAGAUACAAAAUGGAGCCUCCUUUGUUAUUGUAGAUAAAACCCCAAAUCCAAGGAACGGAAGUUCAGCUUUAAUGGUUCAAGAUGAUGGCGGUGGAAUGGAUCCAGAAGCCAUACGUCGUUGUAUGAGCUUUGGGUUUUCGGAUAAGAAGUCAGCUUCAACUAUUGGACAGUAUGGAAAUGGUUUUAAGACCAGUUCAAUGAGACUUGGGGCAGAUGUUAUUGUCUUUAGCCGCUGCACAAAGAACAGGAAAAGGACACAAAGCAUUGGGCUUCUAUCUCAGACAUUUCUGACUCGAGUAGGCCUUGACAGAAUAGUGGUUCCUUUGCUCGACUUUGAGUUCAGUGCAGCAGCUAGAAAAUGGAGUUCGCUACAUGGCGAACAACAUUUUAGGAAUAACCUCUCGUUGUUGUUGCACUGGUCUCCAUUUGCAACAGAGACAGAGCUUCUUAAGCAAUUUGAUGACGUUGGUGAUCAUGGCACAAAGGUGAUUGUCUACAAUUUGUGGUAUAAUGAUGAAGGCAGAAUGGAGCUCGACUUUGAGGCAGAUCCUGAGGAUAUUCUCCUUUCGGGGGAUGCAAACGAUAAUGAGAAGAGUGGUUCUCGUAAUAAAGCAAGUGACCAGCAUCUUGCGAACCGUCUUCGUUACUCACUCCGUGCAUAUUUAUCAGUGUUGUACUUGCGGAUCCCAGACAACUUCUGUAUUCUGUUACGUGGACGGGUUGUUGAACUCCAUAACAUUGCUAAGGAUCUGAAGUACCCUGAAUUUAUCAUGUACAAGCCUCAAACUGUUGGAUUCAAAGAGGGUUCAGUCAUUACUACUAUUGGCUUCCUAAAGGAAGCUCCAGUGGUGAAUAUUCAUGGGUUCAAUGUCUACCACAAAAAUCGUUUAAUACUGCCGUUUUGGCAUGUUGUGAGGUACUCUGAUAAUAGAGGCAGAGGAGUUGUUGGUGUUCUAGAAGCAAACUUUAUUCAGCCAACCCAUAAUAAGCAGGACUUCGAGAAAACCCCUCUUUUUCAAAAGCUUGAAGUACGAUUAAAGGAGAUGACAUGGGAAUACUGGGAUUAUCACUGCGGGCUCCUUGGUUACUUUCCAAAGAAAAAACUUCAGGGACCGAUAACUCCUCAGGCUUCAUCUGAAUUUAGACAACAGCAUGGGUCAUGUAAACCUGUUGUCUUGGGAAACUCCUCCGGUGUGGUUGGUUCAAACAUUACAGUUCGGGGAACUGUAACACCAGUCUUUCAAAAUAACUCUAAACAAGGAGCUUCAAAGAGGAAAGCAGUUGAUCGUCCAAUAAAACAUGAAAACUUGAAACGGACAGCUGGACUAGUAGUUGAUUUAACUGGUGGUGAGCGAAGUCAAGAAAUUCUGACUUUCACUUCAAGUGGCUUACAAGAUCAAGAGGCUGCCCAUCUCAUUCAAGAGAAUGAAAAGCUCCGCGCACAGUGCUCGGAAUGUGAGAAAAGGGAGGAAGAACUUCAUUCAAAGGUUUAUAAGCUUCGGAAGGAGCUGAAAGAAGCACAACGUACCUAUGCGCAUUUGCUAGUGGAAUCAAGGUUAUUAGACAAAGUCAAACCUGAAGAAGAUGUUUGUAUUUAACGAAGUGCCCAUCCUUGUACUAUAGUUAGCUCUUUGCAAAUGAAUUUUAAUUUUAGCUGUUGUUGAUAAAAUCUUUUUCCUUUCUCUGUUGUGACGGAUUUUACCAUGAUUCUUGUUUUCUUCUUUCGUUUAUGCAACAGAAUGGAAGGUGGACUCAAAGUUUUCACAGAUUAGCGUUUGUCCCAUUGAUAUCUGUGUAUUUGUAUACUGGUAACUCAUUUUACGAGUUAACUCAAAUGAAGAUGGGCUUAUUUUCUGGA